GAUAAUAUAUUACUAGUUCAUACGAGUUGAAUGUUUAUUCUAAUUAUUAUUCUCAUAGUCUUAUAAGUCUAAUUAUACUAAAUUAUACUAUAGAUCCAUGGCUGCACCUUUGAUCAUAAGUUACUAGUUUUCUACUUUCCCUUUCGAAAGUUUCAAAUUCCAGUUCUCCGCAAUGGCAAACGUCUCGGUAGCCGCGGAGUGGCAGCUCCUCUACAACCGUUAUUACCGUAAGCCCGAACUCUAUCAAAUGCGCUGGAAACACGUGGACCUCGCCCGCAACAAGGUCGCCGCUGCUCCUUUCGGAGGUCCCCUCGCCGUGAUCCGCGAUGACUCGAAGAUCGUCCAGCUUCACGGCGAAUCAGCCCUCCGCAAGCUCCGUCUAUUUUCCUCCUCCGGCCACCUCCUCGCUGACACCGUCUGGCGUAACCCUGGCGGUCGUCUAAUCGGAAUGUCGUGGACCGAUGACCACACACUCGUGUGCAUCGUUCAAGACGGCACCGUUUACCGCUACGACGUCCACGCUCGCCUCAUCGAGCCGAAUCUCUCGUUAGGUAAAGAGUGCUUUGAAAGCAACGUUGCCGAUUGCGCUUUCUGGGGAAACGGCGUCGUUUGUAUUACUGAAGCGAAUCAGUUGUUCUGUAUUGCCGAUUUCAAAAACCCUAAUGCGGUUAAGCUAGCCGAUCCUGGCAUCAUUGAACCGCCGCGUUGUAUGGCUGUUAUUGAGCCACAGUAUACUGUGUCUGGGAACGUUGAGGUUUUGCUUGGAGUUGGUGAUGGUGGUGAGGAGGAGGAUGCUGCUGUGCUAGCUGUUGAGGAGGAUGGCGUGCAGCGCCUUGGUGGCGAGAUGCUACGAGGCCCUUUGCAAAAGAUGGUGGUCUCGCGUGAUGGCAAGUGGCUUGCAUCAUUCACUCAUGAUGGUCGGCUUCUUGUCACUACGUCGGACUUGACUGGUGUAAUCAUCGAGAGGGAGUGUGAGUCAGCUCUUCCCCCGGAGCAGCUUGCUUGGUGUGGAAUGGAUGCUGUGCUUCUUUACUGGGAGGAUAUGCUUUUAAUGAUGGGUCCUGAUGGCGAACCAGUUACCUACCUUUAUGAUGAACCAAUAAUUCUUAUUCCUGAGUCCGAUGGAGUGAGGAUAUUAUCCAACACUAGUAUGGAAUUUCUACAACGGGUUCCUGACUCCACAGUUUCAAUUUUCACAAUUGGCAGUACAUCACCUGCAGCUUUGCUGUAUGACGCUUUAGAUCAUUUCGAUAGGCGUAGUGCUAAGGCAGAUGAAAAUUUGAGGUUGAUAAAAUCUUCCCUUCCCGAGGCUGUUGAAGCAUGUGUUGACGCUGCAGGUCAUGAAUUUGAUGUUUUGCGCCAACAAACUCUUCUAAGGGCUGCCAGUUAUGGGCAGGCCUUUUGUAGCAAUUUUCAUCGUGAUCGUAUCCAAGAAAUGUGUAAAAUUCUCCGGGUCUUGAAUGCAGUGCGCAGCCUUGAGAUCGGCAUUCCUCUUAGUAUUCAGCAAUAUAAGUUGCUUACACCAUCUGUCCUGAUUGGUCGCCUGAUAAAUGCUCACCAACAUCUGCUUGCAUUGCGGAUAUCGGAAUAUCUCGGAAUGAAUCAAGAGGUAGUGAUAAUGCACUGGGCGUGUGCUAAAAUAACUGCAUCAUUGGCAAUACCCGAUACUACUCUUCUAGAGAUUCUGCUUGACAAGUUAAAACUGUGCAAAAGCAUAUCCUAUGCAGCAGUUGCUGCUCAUGCAGACAAAAAUGGCCGCCGAAAGUUAGCUGCCUUGCUUGUUGAACAUGAACCCCGUUCGUCUAAACAGGUUCCUCUCCUGUUGAGCAUAGGAGAAGAAGAUAUAGCCUUGAUGAAGGCAACUGAAUGUGGUGAUACAGACCUAGUUUACCUUAUACUUUUUCAUAUUUGGCAAAAGAGGCAGCCAUUGGAGUUUUUUGGAACCAUACAGGCCAGACAAUUAGCGCGUGACUUAUUUAUAACUUAUGCACGGUGCUAUAAACAUGAAUUUUUGAAGGACUUCUUCUUAUCAACAGGGCAACUUCAAGAUGUGGCAUUUCUUCUCUGGAAAGAAUCAUGGGAACUUGAAAAAAAUCCCAUGGCAAGCAAGGGAUCUCCACUUCAUGGUCCUCGAACAAAACUUAUUGAGAAGGCACAAAAUCUUUUUGCUGAAACCAAGGAACAUACCUUUGAAUCAAAGGCAGCUGAGGAGCAUGCAAAACUUUUAAGACUCCAGCAUGAACUUGAAGUGACUACAAAGCAGGCCAUUUUUGUGGAUUCUAGUAUAAGUGAUACAAUCCGGACUUGUAUUGUCUUGGGAAAUCAUCGGGCUGCACUAAAAGUGAAAACAGAAUUUAAGGUGUCUGAGAAGAGAUGGUAUUGGCUUAAGGUUUUUGCUUUGGCCACAAUCAAGGACUGGGCUGCUUUAGAAAAAUUUUCAAAGGAGAAAAAACCUCCAAUAGGUUAUAGACCCUUUGUGGAGGCAUGCAUUGAAGCAGAUGAAAAGGGAGAAGCUAUUAAAUAUAUCCCCAAACUUGCAGAUCCUCGAGAAAAAGCUGAGUCAUAUGCUCGAAUUGGUAUGGCUAAGGAAGCUGCGGAUGCUGCUUCACAGGCAAAAGACGGUGAAUUGCUUGGUCGUUUGAAAUUGACGUUUGCGCAAAAUGCAGGAGCUUCAUCAAUAUUUGAUACUCUUCGAGAUCGAUUGUCUUUCCAAGGUGCUUCAUGAUUUUCUGUCAUGGGCUUUCUGCUUGCUUAUACCGAUUUCCUAUUUAUUUUCCUUCAAUUUGGACAGUUGUGUAUAUUGUGAUAAAGAUGUAUUUUAUCUGCUAAUUUGGAGGCUAAUGUCAAGGCUGUCCUUUUCAUUUUCCCCUUGUAUAAUGAAAGAGGGAUUCAAUUGUGUUUAUAUUGCUUGAUUUUGUCGUUAAUGCAUCUGUAGUACAGUUUGUUAAUGAGUAAUGAUCACAAAUGUGUUUACUUAUUGUA